AUGAUGAUUCAUUCCAAAACGACUUUUUUUAUUAUAUUCUUAAUCAAUCAAUGCGAUUUGAUUAUAAGUACAUCGCCAACGACUAUAAUUAUCAAUGUAGACAAAGGUAUUGCACUUGAACAAAUUGGUGUAUAUUCUGAAAAAUUCGUCGAAUCAAUUUUUCAUAUAUUUAUACCUUUCAAUAAUCUAUGUAUUGACUCGCCAAACUCUGAUGUAUGCGAAUAUGUUCAAUCAACAGAUCCAGAUAUUGUUGAAAUUGGAACACUUAUCUCACCUUAUCACAUGUCGAUGGCAUACAAUCAAGCAUAUAUUUCUCGUGCAGUUCAACAAGAUAUUGGACGAAUUUUUUCAUAUCAUAAAAUUAACAAAAUUAUCGCAAAGGCAAAAUCAAUCGUCUACUUUGUUGAUGAUACAUUUUAUGCAACUCGUAGUAAUAGUCAAUCGAUAAUGAGCAAUUUUACCAUUUCGACUGGCGUUAAUGAACGAACACUGAUUCAUCGUGCCACUAAUACAGCAACAUUAGCUCUUGAACAAGUAUUCAAUAAUAAAGUUGGAUACGACUUUUUAACAGAUGAACAGAUCGUAGAAUUUUUACCAAUAAUCAGUUCAACCAUUAGUCAAAAGUUUGAAAUCGAAGACAUAAAAGAAAAUAUGAAUAUGUUCAUUAAUAUGAUUAUCGGACAAACUGUAUAUGCAUUAAAGUCAUGUUCAAUUCGUCAAAAUGAACAAUUACCAGGUGGUCCAGCAUGUCUUGUUGUUUCAACAAUUAUUCGACGUAUUCCAAUGGAAACAUCAACUUUUUAUCAAGUUUAUCAAUUGACACCAUUACCAGUUUUUUUUAAUGGUGAUAAAUAUAUCUAUUCUGACUUACCGAAAAGAUUUGGUUUUAACAACAUCGAAAAAAAAGUUAUACUAUGGAACGAUAAUAAUUUAUCAACUGACUGCACAUUUUCGAAAAUAAUACAAUGUCGCAAUCAAGUUAUGAAUGUUCCAUUAUCUAGUUUACCAUGUCUUGACGAACUCAUGAAUGUUGAAUCUUCAUCCAUUAGCAAGUGCCAAGUGACUAGAUCAAAAAAUAUUCAAUCCAAUCUUAUGAAUAUUAAAAGUAAUAUAUGGUAUGUUUUUCCAGGUGAAGAACCUUUUGAAUGUGAAUCACAAUCAUUAUCAAGUCCAAUAUCAGAUAUUAUAUCUGUUAAAGAACCAAUGAUUGUAACAUUUCCAUGUGACAAACCUGUACGUUGUUCGAAUAUUCAAUUACCACCAACUACAUGUAUUAACACUACUGUUAUGAUCACCACAAAAUAUAAUACUACAUUGAAAAAACAAUCCGUUCCUGGUCUUGAUCGUUUAAUGAUUCAUCGUAAUGAUGGUCUUGUUCCAUUAAUGGCUGCAUCAGUUGGUAUAACUAAAUAUGAACAAGCAUUUCGUUCCAUAGUUUGGCGUAUUGAUCAAUUACCAAAACGAGAUCAAGGUGCUCAUGAAACACAUCUAUUUGAAUGUAAAAUGUCAAUAACAUCAUAUGAUCCUAUACCAGAAAAAUAUAAACCUAUUGCUGAUGUUGAAUAUUCAAUGUCACAAGCAUUUAUUUCACAUUGUCAAAUAUUUAAUAAAAAAAUGACGGUUAAUGAUGGUGCAUGUUCAUUAAGACAACAUGUUCAACAUUCACUUGGUGAUGAUUUUAUUGAAUCACCUUCGAUUAUUUCAACAAUUGGAAAUGAUGAUGAUGAUGGAACUGAAGACCUUCAACUAAAAGCUGCUCCAUCAAAAAGACGAGCACGUGGAGGUGGAAGACAAUUACGAAUAGGACGUAAAACAAAUCCAACAGUAAAUCAAAUUGAUGAUGAUGAUUCAAUGGAAAUUAGUUCGAUAAGAAUGACAACAGGAAACAAUAAUAAUAAUAAUAAUAGAACAUAUGUUGGUCAAGAAUCUGAACAAAAAGGAUAUUUUCAUCAUUUAUUAGCUGGAAAAACAAAUAUACAAGUAUUAGUUGAUUAA